AUGCAUCUCUACCAUCCUAAAAUUGUACCGAAAAAGAUUGAAUCACUGGUACUUUUUCCUUCUUCGAAUAUUGGCGGGAAAUCCGGAAUGAGACAAGAAAUCUCACAGGUCAAAUACCUCCAUACGACCAUAUUCAGAUCUCCGCACAGAUUUGUCAGCAAUCAGGUAUUUGGCGGCGCCGGAAAUGACUGUGGUGAAAUAGCAGCGAUGCAAAGGGCUGGUAUGGGUGUCAUUACGAGAUUGUAA